AUGGCGCUGAAAGCCAGACUGCAUGAAAUAAGCACGCAAGUCGCUAUUAUAGAUCUGAAAUACUUGCAUUCACAAGAUCCCAACCAACCUGAAAGAGGCUUGGACCCUUGUGAAGAUGAUGAAUACCAAGACCUUCAUCCAUGUGGCCUACUACCAACCGCUGAUCAGGAAUGCCCAGGACAGAAUCCAACAACCUAUCACACUAGCUCAACGGAACAUCUAGAGCUAUCGUCAGCACUCAAGAAAAAGUACGGUAACAAAGGGAACAACCGAUCGAAGAUAGCGCAAAGGCUCUUGAACAUACCUAAAGCACCUUCAAGAGCAGCUAGCUGCGCCAACAGUAUUGAGCAAUACGGAAAAGAGCACGAUCCUCUAUGGAUUGACACAAUUCUGGCGAAAUUUCCGUAUGAAAUCAUCAAAGAUUGUAUGAAGACCAUUACAAGUGGGUCAAGACUAACCGUGGGCACUUUGCUGGAAGAACUCCAAGAUAACGUCUCCGCUAGAGCCUUAUUCGAGAAUCGAUACUCUACGCUCACGUCGUCACCUCGACGCGUGGACACCUCAGAGCAGGCAGCUACGCGCGCAAAUGCUAGCAGAACUGUAGACUGCAUAUUUUGUCAGCGAACAAACCACCAAAGCGAGAACUGCCGCACAGCAAGCACUGAGAGGACAACAGUCUGUCCACGGCAGAACUGCUCUAAGUGUAACCGCGAUCAUCAUCCUACGCUCUGCACUAUGGACACGGACAGGCGAACGUCAGCAACACCGGAGAAAGCAUCCAGGUCAAAGGAACAGCUGAGUGAUCGCAUAAACAGCCAAGAAAAAGAGAAACGGCAUAAAAACAAUUACCGUAAUCAAUCCAGAAGCAUGACUGCGACCGAAGGGCAGCCAGCUGGAGAAGAGAGAAACGAGCAACAGUCCAUGAACAUUUCUUCCAAUCUAGCCAAAAAUGAUAGUCAUCCGAAACAGCUGGUCCUCAUGACGGUAGAGGCACAAAACGGGCACAUACGACAACGUCCUUCUCUUCCUAGAUUCGGGGGCUCAAUGCAAUUUGAUAGAAGGAGCCUGGCCGACAAGUUUGCACUCGUGCAUGGCGAACCAUAUCAGUGCACGAUGUAUGGCAUCGGAGGCAUAGCGGAAACGUAUACAGCACAAAAGGUAACCGCAGAGUUAAGAACUAGGUUUGGUGAAAGUGUAUUUCUAACUCUACGUACCAAGCCAGUAUUGACAAAUGCGUUCCCAUCAGCCGCUCUUACAUGCCCCGAUGUGCAGUUUCUCAAGAGCAACAAUAUAUUUCUCUCCAACACAGCAGCAAACGGAGAACUAGUCAAACCACAUAUUCUGAUAGGGGUCGAAGCAUACGAGAACGUUGUAAUGCUGGACUCACCUCCGACAAAACUGCCAUCAGGCCUCUUGGCACAGAACACAGUGUUCGGGCCUGCCUUGUUCGGGAAAUCCGAUACAGUCGGGCAGACAGUCCUAACUGAACAUGUAGUGGUAGCUUGCCCCGAAACACGUGCUGAUGUCAAGCAAGAGCUCCGACAAAUGUACGAGUUGGAAGGUAUGGGAAUUUCCACAGAUGAGUAUAGAAAAGAUGACACA